GAUGUAUAAAUUAUCAUAUAUAUGUAGAUGAUUAUAGGUAUGUAGGAUAAAGUGAGUGUAUUUAACUACAACUAUACUCCAUUUACGUACAAUAAGGAGAUACACGAACAAACAGAUAAUGUCUUCGAUCGGAUCUUUCAAACUUGAAGGUUUGGUACCUGCGGUUUUUACACCGAUGACAAAAGAUGGGGAAGUCGAUUACGACAAGUUUGAAAUGUAUUGUAACCAUCUUACAAGCAAAGGAAUCACCCAAAUAUAUGUAAAUGGAACAACUGGUGAAGGUUUCUCGUUGACACUCGAAGAAAGAGAAAAGAUUGUAGAAAAGUGGAUAGAGGUUGGAAAAAAGAGUGGUAAAAUAAAGUCAAUCGUAGUGCAGGUCGGUGCUUUGAAUCUUCACGAUACAAUAGCAAUGGCGGAACAUGCUGUGAAAGUUGGGGCUGAUGCAAUUGCGACUGUACCACCACUCUUCUUUAAGCCAAAAACAGUGGACUAUCUUGUCAAAUAUUGUAGAGAAGUUGCGAAUGCUGCACCAAACCUUCCGUUUUAUUUUUACCAUUUGCCUGGGGCAACUGGUGUUGAACCUUGUGUUGAAGACUUCUUAAAAGCUGCCGUGAAAGAAAUACCUUCACUCGUGGGUGUAAAAUUCUCCUCAAAAGAUUUGGUUGACCUUAUUGGGUGCGUACACGUUCCAGCACCAAACAGAGAUGAUAAAAAGUUUAACCUCAUGUAUGGUUGUGACGAGAAACUUAUGGCGGGUAUGAUCAUGGGAGCUGAUGGAGGUGUUGGCAGUACAUAUAACUUUAUGGCAAGUGUCAUCAGGAAAAUAUUAGACAACACAGCAAAGGGUGACAUCAACGAAGCACGUCUUCAUCAGUACCGUACUCAGCAAACUUGUAAAGUAAUGUAUAAGCACGGCGAUCUUCUUGGUAACAACGUUGCAGCUCUCAAAGCCUUCAUGACGUUGAUAAAUGUUGACCUUGGUCCAGCAAGGUCACCCAUGAGAGGUCCAACUGAUCAGGAAUUAGAAGAAUUCAGGACAGAGCUGCAGGAAAUUGGAUUUUUCGAUUGGUAUAAUUAAGGUAAAAUCAGGUGCAUUUGUAGGACAAGAAGUUAAAACACAAUAUGGAACCUAUAAGAGACAAGAACUUUGCUUUGUUGAUACUAUUUGUACCUUGUACUAUUUUUAAAGAUCUAUUUGUGCUUCAUAAUUCAUAUAAGUACACAUCUUUACGAAGACAAUCAUUUGUAAUGAUUAUAAUUUCAGUAUAAAAUAACAAUAAAUCAAGCUAUGUUUGAAAAUGA